CAGAGAAGGAAGAAGGAAGGAGCCGGUGUCACGGACCAAGCAACAGGUGACAGGUUGACUGUUUUAAUCUCAAUUAAUCGUUGUCAGCGCCGGAAAUAGACUACAAUGGCAUCCUAUGAACCUCCAGCCAAAAGAAUUCUUCACAGUGGCUACUUUAAUGCAACCCUGAGGAAAUGGCAGUCGUCCAACACAGAAAUUCAUCCAUGGAACCUGAUGUAUCCCAUAUUUAUUGUUGAUGAGCCCGAUGCAGUGCAACCUGUGGACAGCCUUCCUGGUGUGUCACGGUAUGGAAUCAACCGACUUGAUGCCGCAAUCAAACCCCUUGUUGAAUUGGGAUUGAGUUCUGUUCUGCUUUUUGGCGUUCCAUCAAAUAUGCCAAAGGAUGAGGUUGGAUCCAGUGCUGACAGCCCUGAUACGCCUGUGAUACAAGCUAUCAAGAUCUUGAGAGAGAGAUUCCCAGACCUUGUAGUUGCGUGUGAUGUUUGUCUCUGUGCAUACACAAGCCAUGGCCAUUGCGGUAUUUUGAAGGAAGAUGGCACUAUCGACAACUCCCCCAGCAUCAAACGCCUAGCAGAACAAGCUACAGCCUAUGCUAAAGCAGGUGCUCAAAUCAUUGCCCCUUCUGACAUGAUGGACGGACGCGUGGGAGCUAUUAAGGCUGCCCUGCACGAAGCUGGUCUUCAGUCCAGUGUGUCUGUGCUCUCGUACGCCGUAAAGUUCGCAUCCUCUUUCUACGGACCUUUCAGAGAUGCAGCGAAGUCUGCUCCUAGUUUUGGUGACCGAAGGUGCUAUCAGUUACCUACUGGGUCAGUGGGGCUGGCUAAUAGAUCUGCUGAACGAGAUGUGGAAGAAGGGGCAGACAUGCUAAUGGUCAAACCUGGCAUCUCGUACCUUGAUGUUGUUAGACAAACCAAGGACAAGUACCCUAACCAUCCCCUUUUCAUAUACCAAGUCUCUGGUGAAUAUGCGAUGCUUUAUCACGGAGCAAAUGCAGGUGCUUUCGACCUCAAGACAAUACUGAUGGAGGUCCUUACUAGCAUGAGGAGAGCAGGAGCUGACGUGAUUAUCUCGUACUACACUCCAAUGGUCUUGAAACUCCUGAAGGAAACAUAAUCAGGUUCUCUGUAGGUAUCAGUUCUCCGAGGUCAGGCACUCCUUCCUUUGAGGCGUUUUUGGCGUUCCUAUGAAUUAGGCUUCCACAGGUGGUAGUUCAGCACUUUCAGUUUCCAUGCCUAAAUGUCCGUUCGUAAACUGAGUAAACCGUGCCUUGCUAAGUGACAGUUCAUUGACUCGUUAUUAAGAAGUAAUAUGCCUAGUACAACUGGUAUUAGUAUAGGCUUUAUGGUCGAGUGUUUGGGUGAAUAUUUUAAAAUUUUAUUGGCUGCGCAAGUUGUAAGUUUGCAUCUUGGUUGGUCAAUGAACUUAUUCAAAGUUUAUUAAUUUAACUAUUUAAGGUGCUUUAGAAGCAUGUUCAUUCCUAAAAUUGAUUUAACAUUUGCUCUUUGAUCUUUGGAUAUAACUAUUCCUUGCCAGGUGUUCAAGAAACUAAGAUUAAUCAUCUGUUAUACCGAGACUAGUUUGAAAGUCCUGAAGGAAGGAAAGAGAGAAAAGAAUAUAGAAUAAGUUUGGUUCAACCCAGAGGAAAUGACAGCCUAACUUAAUUAAAUUAAUCUUUCCAAGCAAAAAGUUCUCUCUAUACUUGUCAAUGCUCCUGUGUUCGUGUUAGAGCUGCGUGCAAUAAGAUCUCUAGUUAAAAUAUUUUCUGUGACUAAAAGAUUUGUAUAAUUUUAAGUCCUUCAAAGUUUUUAUAUAACAUAUAUCAAACCAUAUAACAUCUCUCAAGCCCACCAUAUUGUAAUAAAUGCAAGUUAUUAUGGACUAAUGUCUUACAGCACCAAAUUUUAACAAAGCAUCGUGAUUCGUGGGUUGUAGCAUUCUUUGUACAUGAAACGAGGACCACAUUGAAGCACUUCCAUCCUGUCUUGAAUGUGGUUGUUAUUGUUAGACUUUUUCCUGUUGUAUUUGAUGAAUAACCCACAUGGGCCAGUCCUUGUAUGUGGAGAUAUCAGGUCAAAACUAACAGUUAGUUUGUUUUGUGUGAAUGUCUGAACUUCAACCAGCACUGAAUGUCAAGUUUUGUAAACGUCGGUGUUUAUAUUUUUCAGGAGUUGCAAUUUAUUAAACAAGGUAAAAUUUUAUAUUUAGGGCAAAACCCAUUGGUCUAGCUGUAUUAGAGUUGAGAAUUUUAAUUUGUCUGGUUGCUACCUAAUAAUUGCACUAAAAAAAUGUUAGCCGAGGUCCUCAGCAGUAAAAAUGACCGUAGUCCGCACUGCAUGCAGUAGAUACGUAAAUUUGCAUUUCUAUGAAUAUGUAUGAAUUGGAUAUUCAUAAACAUAUGCAGUAGAUGUAAGGUAGUCUCAUUAGCACACUUUCUUGGAAUGUUAAAGUAGUAUCUUGCCACCAAAAUUUGGACCAAGUAGCCAGUAUGUAAUAACUGAUGGAUUUUAUUCCAAUGAAUUAUCAUCUCAGAUUAACUUUGUGGUAAUUUAAGGUGUCCAAGUUCAGGCUUUUUCUUCAUCAUUGUAGGAAUUACAGGUAGCUUUGGUUGUGCUGAAAUAUGAAAAAUUACGGUUGUUUUGCUUCUUGGUACAAAGUUUGGCAGCAAUACUUAUUACUUUUAAGGAACAUUCUCCCCUACUCUGUUCAAAUAGCAAAUGUAAUUUUUUAAAAACUUAAAUCUGCAUCAGUUUAACUAUAGUAGUAUGAGACUUCCUCUUAUAAAACUGGAUAUUAUUAAGGCCUUUGCAUUGGAAUGUUCCAUUGUAAAUGUAGAUUCGAUAAAAAUUACUGAUGGCUGAUAUCACCAAAGCUUAUGAAGAACAUACAUUAUACUAUGAUUCAUUAACCAUCAAAUUUCAAGCUAGAAUCCAAUAAUCUUUGCUCAGAGGAACAUAGCACAAUGAUCAUAUCCAAACCUGGUUACAAUAUCAUUUGUUGCAGGUAUUUUACAGUUUAUAAGUGAACGAGUAAAUGCAUGAACUAAUAAUGUAGAUAAUUUUGCUUGAAACAUGGAUUAAAUCUUUUUAUACUCUAAGGUUGUGCAUUUGUACAACAUACUUUUGUAAUAGUGACUGAUUUUACUUUUGUAUUAGUGAUUGGCUUUGAAUUAAAUAAAUUCAAGUAAUUUUUAAAA